AAUUUCAUUGAUCUGGUCCUAGGCCCGACUUCUGGAGGGACACCAAAGCCAGAUACGUCAGCGGUGGUUCGACCAUCUGCAGUCCGAACUGAACCCUCUCCGUCAUUUCAAAACAAAAGUCAUGUCACUACUGUUUCAAAGCAUCGGGCUCUAUCGCCUGAACUCGAGGAUGAUAGUGACUUGGUAGAGGAUUCUACUUCAAUUAUCAAGUUGGUAAGGGGGCAAUCUGUUGAGAAAAAAAGGAAAGUCAUUGUCGAGCCGUUCGCCGACGAUCUUAGAGGGGCUUAG